AUGAUCACAACAGAUCUGACCGAUCAAGCAUUAUUAGUUGUUCUGGAUGAUGAUGAUUUUGAUGAUGAUGAUGAUAAUGAUGAUAUUUUUGAUUUAAAAACAUGUACAAGUAAUAUUUUACUAAAUCAGAAAGAAGCACCAAUCAAUCUUCCAGAUGAAAUUUCGCUAAAUGAAAAUCAAUCAAGAAUUGAAAAUGAAAUAGACAAUCCAUCGAAUAAUUCUCCAAUUAAUCUUAAAAGUCCAGUUUAUUUAUCACAAAAAUCUCAUCAACAACGACGAAAGAAAACCGCAUCAAAAAAUAAGAAUAUAUGCGCACCACCCAUUCGAAAACGUCGCAGUAAAGCUACUCAAAAUAUCACUUCUAUUCUAUCAUAUAUUUCAUUUGACAAUACACCGAAUAUUUUAACUAUCUCUCGUAUGGGCUCAAUAUAUUAUUGUGUUGAAGAUCUUUAUCGAAAAGUAUUUUCAUCAUUGUGUCUGUUCAAUCACUUUAUAGAUUCAUUAAUAAAACCUCAAAUACUUAUUCUUAAAGACGUAACAUUAUCAGAAAAAAUGUCUAUUGAACAACAUGAUUCAAAAAUAAAAAAAUUUAAUCGCACACGUUACCGUCUACUAUCAAUAAAUUCAACAGAUUAUUUAACUAAAUUAAAACAGUUAUUAUUAACAUAUAAAAAAGAAAAACAUAUUGAUAAAAUUAUUAAUGAACUGAAAUAUUUCAGACCAGUAUCCAUGUGCAAUCAAUCGCAGAGUAAAAGUACAUCAUCAUCUAAACGACGUUUAUCAACAGAUGAUGAUAAUAAUGAAAAAUGUAAAGCUUUAAAAACAACACAUAGUAAAACAUUUACUUCAUCUAAUGAUCAUGUUAGUAAGAAUAUAGUUCAAUCAAAUGAAACUACAUCUGAAAUAAUAACAGAAUCUACAUUAGAAAAUAAGAAUACAAAAUGUCACGGCGAACAAAAUGAGAAUAUAUGGUCUUAUUUAUUUAGUUCAAGAGAAAAUUUACUAAAUAAGUCUGAAACACGCUUGUCUCCACCAAUUGAAAAUAUUCUAUUUAAAGCACCUGUUAUGAACUUAUCUGAUAUUAAUGCCAUUGAUUUAACUACUCAUGAAGAUGCUUUAUCAGUCGCAUCUCCAGUAUCAUCAACAAAUGCAAUAAGUCGUUCAAAUUCUUUUGUAUCGGAUAAAGAAGACAAUGAAAUGCUCUCAACACGUUUAAAUAGUUUAGCGUCGAUGAAAUUCUUUACAAAUGAUAAUAUUAUGUUGAAAAGUCCAUCAAUAGUACCGGAAAAAACAACUGAUACCAAUGAUAUUAAUUUUACUAUGCCAAUAAUUGUAAAUGUAGAAGAAAAUAUUGAAACUGAUAAUCGUAAAGGCUUUCAAAAAUAUGUUAACAAUCGACAAAAUAUAUUAUCGCCUGAACAAUUAUCACCACAUAAUGCUACUUCAAAUAUAGAAACAAAACUAUCUAGUUCAAUUCAUUCAAAUCAACCCUCACGUAUUUAUAUAAGAACUAGAAAACCAUCGCAUGAUGUUUGCUGUCAAGAUUCUUAUCCAUUAUCCGUACCAUCCUAUAACAAUUCAAACGAAUUAUAUCGUAUUAAUCAUGAUACUCAAUCAAAAUUGCUUCAUAAGGGUUCUUCAAUUACCUUAUUACCUAUACGAAAUCCACUUCGUCAUGAUUCAUCAACAACAGAUCAAUCAAUACCAUAUUGUUCAUGUUGCUCUUCUCAUAAACAAAUCUCCUGCAAAUCUUGUAUAUCCGAAAAAUGUUUAUUAAAAGCCCGAGCAUUCAUACCUAUUUCCUAUAAUGAGAGAAUGAGUCAUCCACAAUAUACAUCUUCAGAUUCACCGAAAUAUGAUUAUGAACCAAGGAUUUUAUACGAAAAAGUAUCAUCAUCUUUUAAUCGAAAACGAUAUCGCAUGGGAUCUCAUCCAUAUCAAUCAACAGAAACUUCUACAACACCAAUAUCACAAAGUUAUUCUCGUACUCAAAAUUUAUUAAAUAAUGAUACACCACAUAAAAUAGAUCAUUAUCAUCCAGUACAAUCCGUUUCUAUACAAAAAUCUUCAGUAUUAAACAAUCCAAUAGAUACUACCAAUGAAAUAACAUUACAAAAUAUGUGUACUGGAAGUAUUGCUUUAACUCAGGCUAUUAUUGAGCAUAAUGAUUGUGAUAUGGAUAGAUUGCCUAAACUUCUUGUACGAUAUAAAAAAACUUAUUUACAUAAAACAGUUGAUACAAUGGGACAAUUAUUUCCAACAUGGUUUAAUGAACCUGAUUAUCGUUGUAUACAUUGUUUUACUUGUGAUCAAGUAUUUACACCUCAACACUUUAUGAUACAUACGGAUGAUAGACAAUUCAUCAAUGAACAACCAAUAAACAUAACAUCAAUAGAAUUAGUACCAUCAGAACAACUUUCAAAAACUAAAGUUGACUUAUGGAAUCAAUUUUGUUCAGAUUUAACAUAUUAUACAAGUAAACUUGCAAAUGAAGAGAAAAAAGAUAAAUAUAAAAAUGCUUUGAAAGGUAUUCAAAAUAAAAUGAAUAAUAUUCUCGCUGCUAUUCAUAUUAAAUACUAA